CCGCGGCGCCUCACUCGCGCAGUCCCCGCGCAGGGCCGGGCAGAGGCGCAGCGCAGCUUCCCCGGGCGGCCCCGCUCCAGCCUCCCUCCGCUCCCGCGAUGGCUUCUCCUUCCAAGGCGAAGGAGGUUUUCUCCUCCGACGAGGAGGGCCCGGCGGCCGGCGCCGAGGAACACCACAAAGUCAAGGUGUCCAGCUUGCCGUUCAGCGUGGAAGCCCUCAUGUCCGACAAGAAACCCCCCAAAGAGCUGCCGCUGGCCGCGGCGGGGGGCAGCGCCGACGGGGCGGCGGUGGGCACCUCCAGGAACCUGCUGCUGCCGGGCCACGGCUCCCGGGACGCGCACAGCCCCCCCGGGGCGCUUACAAAAACCUUCGACACGGCGUCCGUCAAAUCGGAGAACUCGGAGGACGGCACGUCCUGGAUCCAAGAGGCCGGGAGAUAUUCCCCUCCGCCAAGACACCUGAGCCCCACUGCCUGCACCCUGAGGAAGCACAAGACGAAUAGGAAGCCCCGAACCCCAUUCACCACUUCCCAGCUGCUGGCUCUGGAGCGCAAGUUCCGCCAGAAGCAGUAUCUGUCCAUCGCCGAGAGAGCCGAGUUCUCCAGCUCCCUCAACCUCACAGAGACCCAGGUCAAAAUCUGGUUCCAGAAUCGGAGGGCCAAGGCCAAGAGACUGCAGGAGGCUGAGCUAGAGAAGCUCAAAAUGGCAGCGAAGCCCAUGUUGCCGUCGGGGUUCAGCCUCCCUUUCCCCAUCAACUCUCCCAUCCAGGCUGCCUCACUGUAUGGAACAUCCUACCCUUUUCACAGACCUGUGCUUCCUAUCCCGCCCGUUGGACUCUAUGCUACUCCCGUUGGAUAUAGCAUGUACCACUUAUCCUAAGAAGAUCAGAAAGACAAAGCGACAGUGAGACAGACUUCCUGGUGGAUCAUGUCCAACCCUGAGAAGGCAGUACCCCAACAAGUACUGGCCGUUCUUUCUGCACGCUUCUAUCUGCCAUCCUGAGUGUACGGGAGUUUGCAUUAGCAAAUCAAGGCAUCCUGUAUGCUAUGGGUUGGGUGUCUUCUGAGAGUGCUCUGAGCGCUCAGAGUCUGAUCCUCAAAGAAAAAAAAUAUGUAAAAACAAACAAAAAAAAAAAAAAGAAAAAACAUUUGAGCAAAUGUAGGGUUUUUAUACAGUGCACGUAAAACUAGAAUAAAAACGAACGGGUGAAAAAGCAAUCUCAUCUUAUGGAGGCAGAGAUUUCCCGAUGCCUUCCUGAUGGGGCCCAACACAUGUUUAAAGUAAGAAGGGUGCAUGCCCUAAACCCACACUUGAAGUUGCCAUCACUUAAUAUGGGGGCAGGGGGGAGGGAAAUAAAAAGGUAUAAUCAAGGAUUUGUUGUUUGGUUUGGUUUUUUUUUUUAAAGAAAGCAGAGCCCUUAGCUAGAGACACCGUGUAAAUAGAAACUAGACCCAGUAGAGUCUGAGCGAAGUUCAGAGCCAGCAAGUUCCUGCAUUUCUGGGGGUAGGGAAAAUUUCUGCAUCCCAAGCCUCGACAGAUGUUUGCAACAAGAUGAGCAUCAUGGCCCCUAAAUGUAGAGCACAGCUUUAUCCACCAUUGGCUCCUGUAAUGCCUUUAUCUGUAUAAAUAGCUUCAGCAUUUGUAAAGCACUGUGAGGGGAGGUAAAGUGCAAGGGAGGGUUAUUAGGCAGUCUGGUCUUUAUCUCUUCCUAUUGGCAUGCUUAGAAAUUUUUGGCUACAGCCAGGUAAUCUUGGCUCUGCAAUGCUCUUUGAAAACCAGGAGAGAGGGAAGGAAGCUUACUGGGGAGAGAAGACGUGGGUUGUUUCCACAGUGGUGGUGAGCAAAGGAUUGUUGAACACUUCUGGGAGAUGUUUGGGGUUUUUUAUUAGUAUUUGCAACAGUCUGUAUCAAAGAGAAGAACCCCCCGAGUCUUCCUCUCCUUUCCUUGCUAAGGAUGCCAAUAUAAGUGACUCAUGCUUCAAGCCCUUCUUAAGAGAGAUCCAGGUAUCACAAACAACCCUACUAGUAGGACGGUGGGGUGCCAAGAGACUGCGUAACCUGUCUGUCCCCGUGGGAGCUCUCCGAGCGCUGGCAGUAUCUUCCCCAGGCUUCUCCUUGUAACUAUUGUAUUAUGUGUAUUACUCUUGCUAAACUUUGUGAGAAAGUUACUCCAAAGGCUGUGGAGCACUGAAGGCAGAGCUUCUCCUGGAUUUAUUUUCUUAGCAUGUUGUCAUGGAAGAAAAAAGAAACAAACAAAAAAAAAAAAGCAGAAAAACGAAAGAAAAAAAAGCCACAAGGUUUUGCUGGUUUUGGUUUGUUUUGACCCAGUCGCUGUCGCCGCCUGGGACCCACUAUAGAUGAACUUCCCCUCUCCCUUCCCCUCACCCCUGAUCUUCCAUUAUAGGAAAGUCCCUUUGAAAGGGAUGCCUUGUACAAUUUUAUAUAUUUUAUUGAAGAUUUAUUAUUUCUUAUCUCUUAUUUCGAAUUAAAUUAAAAAAGAAAAAACAUGUUUAA